UGAGCCAAGCACCGCCCACUUUAACCAUUUAACCCAUUUCAUUCCACCCGCUCAUUCCACUAUUACAAUGAAGACCGUGACGUCUCGUUUCAGUUCUCGUCUCAUUUCUUGUGUGGCCUGCCGUCAAUGAGACCAAUGUAUAUAUAAAUGGACUAUACAGUUACAUCUAAUAGCUCAAUGUUACAAUCUUUGCAAGAUCUAUAUUUCUGGCGGCACCGAUGUUUUCAAUCGUAAUCUUGCUCUCACUCCUGGCUGUUUCGGCUAAUGCCGAUUUUUUUCAAUUCGACAGCAUUUCAAAUGUUUCUACCUAUUAUUUCAAUUACAUCUAUUGCAAUAUAUGGGAAGGGGACUGCCAACCACACCAGGAUGAUGCGACACAACAAGUGCCUACUGGCAACAUUUGGUCAGGGUUUCCCCAGUACUACACUGGCAUGCUGACUGCUUGGUACUGCAGCCUGGGUCAGUGCUGUGAUUCAGGGGACUGUAGGAUUACAAAUAACAUCACAGGAUUGGAGAGAGAUCUACAGGUGAAUCUCCACGGGCAGCACCUGGCCCAGUCUGUGGUUCUGAAAGCCAUUCAAGGAUUCAUCAAAAACCCUGAGUCCAACAAACCACUGACUCUGUCCUUUCACGGCUGGUCUGGGACAGGCAAGAACUUUGUGGCUCGGAUAGUAGCGGACAACCUUUACCGGGAUGGUAUAAAGAGUGAAUGUGUGCGUUUGUUCAUUGCCCCAUUCCACUUCCCUCACGCGAGAUUGGUGGACGUGUACAAGGGCCAACUGAGAGAAGCCAUUCGAGACAUGGUUCUGCGGUGUCCACAGACUCUCUUUAUCUUUGAUGAGGCAGAAAAGCUUCAUCCAGGACUCAUCGACGCCAUAAAGCCCUACAUGGACCACUAUGAUAAUGUGGAUGGGGUCAGCUAUAGGAGAGCCAUAUUUCUGUUCCUCAGCAAUAUAGGUGGUGCUGCCAUCAAUGAGGUGGCACUGGAUUUCUGGCACUCGGGACAGAAUAGGGAAGAUAUCGGCAUGGAAGACUUGGAACAUCUUUUGCGGGCUGAAGCCAUGGAGGCAGAAGGAGGUUUUGCACAGAGCGAGCUGAUGUCAGGCCAUCUUAUUGACUUCUUUGUACCAUUCUUGCCGCUGGAGUACCGGCAUGUGAAACUGUGUGCACAUGAUGCAUAUGCUGCACGUGGCCUUAAGCCGGAUGAGGGAACGCUGGAUGAAGUGGCCAAAGCCAUGCUGUAUGUUCCUAAGGAGGAGAAACUCUUCUCUGCACAGGGCUGCAAAUCCAUUCCUCAAAGGAUCAAUUUCUUUCUACCAUAACAGAGCGAUGCGUUACACAAAAUCACAGAUUAUAGAAACAGAAUAUACUUGAAUGAAGCAGAAAUGACUGCUGAUAUCUGAAAUGCAAAUUAUACAACCCUGACAAUGCAGAAACAAAACACAGUUUCAACUCUAUAUUUUACACUCUGAGAGAAAGGACAGGAACAAAAGAAAAAAAGCUUGUUCAUGACAAACCCUACUGUAAUGUUAUUUAAGAACGUUUUAUGUACAUCUAUCUUAGCUACAUCUCCCAGGCAAGCAA